AUGCGCGAGUUUCAAGACAUCAGAUCCGAAGCGUGGCGGUACACCAUCGUUGACAAUACCAACCUGAGACGUAUUGAGACCUCGCUGGGCUUUCGCCUUUCCGACGAGUGGAUCUCACGCCAGCCAAAGCCAAACAGGUUCGUACGUCUGUAUGUUAGGUUCGACCUUAGUCAAUACCGCGCUCUUCCGAAGUCUAUCCGCUAUACGCAUGAUGCUGAACGUGAGCUUGGUGAUAAUUGGUACCCGGUAUUACAACUCCCAUACGAACUUCAGUACCAGGUCGCUUGUAUGUUGACGGAAUUCAAGAACCUAGAGUUUUCCCUCAACAGAGGAAACCGGCAUCUCUCGUCAUUUCUCUUCUGCUCGCGUCAUCGCGUGUUCUACAAAGUUACCCAGAAUGGCCAGAGUCUGUUGUACGGAUGGGUAGUCGACGUGGUCCUUUUGUAA